AUGGGGGAGACACCAGGCCUUAUCCUCAAGGGCAGCCUGGCGGAGAGAGCCAGCCCCGGCGCGGGGCCCGGACCCCGCCGCGAACGGCCGGACUUCUGGGCGUCGCUGCUGCUGCGCGCCGGGGACAAGGCGGGGCGAGCGGGCGCCAGUGCGGGGCUGCCCCCCUACCACCGGCGCGUGGGCAUGGUCCAGGAGCUGCUGCGGAUGGUGCGCCAGGGCCGGCGGGAGGAGGCGGGGACGCUGCUGCAGCACCUGCGCCAGGACCUGGGCAUGGAGUCGACCUCACUGGAUGAUGUUCUGUAUCGCUAUGCCAGUUUCCGGAACCUGGUGGACCCCAUCACUCACGACCUCAUCAUCAGCCUGGCACGCUACAUCCACUGCCCCAAGCCGGAAGGUGAUGCACUAGGUGCCAUGGAGAAGCUGUGCCGCCAGCUGACAUACCACCUCAGCCCCCACUCCCAGUGGAGGCGACACCGGGGGCUGGUGAAGAGGAAGCCACAGGCCUGCCUCAAGGCUGUCCUGGCCGGAAGCCCUCCAGACAACACAGUGGACCUGUCAGGCAUCCCACUGACCUCCCGUGACCUAGAACGGGUGACCAGCUAUCUGCAGCGCUGUGGGGAGCAGGUGGAUAGCGUGGAGCUGGGCUUUACAGGCCUCACGGACGACAUGGUCCUACAGCUGCUGCCCGCACUCAGCACCCUGCCCCGCCUCACCACGCUGGCACUCAACGGCAACCGGCUGACGCGGGCAUUGCUACGGGACCUCACUGACACCCUUAAGGACCCCAGCAAGUUCCCCAAUGUCACGUGGAUCGACCUGGGCAACAACGUGGACAUCUUCUCUUUGCCCCAACCCUUUCUGCUCAGCCUACGCAAGCGGUCCCCGAAGCAGGGCCACCUACCUACUAUCCUGGAACUGGGCGAGGGCCCAGGCAGUGGGGAGGAGGCCCGGGAAGGGACAGUGGACCAAGAGGACCCUGGAGGGUGUCCUGUGGCCUUGGCCAAAGACCACCAUGAGGUCAAAGAGACUAUAGCAGCAUUAGAGACAUGA